AGCAUGGACCCCAGCACCCCUCCUCCGAUGAACCCUGCCCAUCCGCCGCCCCAGGCCCGGGCCCGGCUCAACGCCACUGCCUCGCUGCCGGAGCAGGACCUCGAGGACCCCCGAGCAAGGCCCGCCCAGAGCCCAGUGUUUGGGAGGGAGAACACGGCGCCCCCCUUCGAGGAGAUCCUGGAGAAAGCCAAGGCCGGGGACCCGAAAGCGCAGACAGAGGUGGGGCGGCACUUCCUGCGGCUGGCCUGCGAGGGGGACGAGGAGCUCAACAGCUGCACCGCCGUCGGCUGGCUGGUCCUCGCCGCAAAGCAGGGCCGCCGGGAGGCCGUCCGACUGCUGAGCCAGUGCCUGGCAGACAGGAAAGGAAUCACAUCGGAGAACGAGCCGCUGGUGCAGGAGCUGACAUCCGAGACGGAGCUGGAGCGUGUGGUGCGUAGGCUGGCUCGCGUCAUGUACUGGAGGCUCAACCCCGCGAGGGAGAAGCAGGUGGCUGUGUCCGAGCUGCUGGAGAAUGUGGGCCAGGUUGAUGGGCAUGAGGGCGGGGCCCAGCCUGGCCCUGUCCCCAAGUCCUUACAGAAGCAGAGGCGGAUGCUGGAGCGUCUGGUCAGCAGAGAGUCCAAACGCUUCCUCACCCUGGACGACUUUGUGGAGAUCACCAAGAAGUACGCCAAGGGCAUCAUCCCCCAGGACGUGUGCCUGCAGGGCGAGGACGAGGACGAGGACGAUGAGCUGGCUGGGAAGAGCCCCGAGGACUUGCCGCUGCGCCUGAGGCUGGUCAAAUAUCCCCUGCACGCCAUCAUGGAGAUCAAGGAGUACCUGAUCGACUUGGCCUCCAAGGCGGGCAUGCACUGGCUGUCCACCAUCGUGCCCACCCACCACCUCAACGCCCUGCUCUUCUUCUUCAUCAUCAGCAACCUGACCAUCGACUUCUUCGCCUUCUGCAUCCCCCUGGUGGUCUUCUACCUGUCCUUCCUCUCCAUGGUCAUCUGCACCCUCAAGGUCUUCCAGGACAGCAGGGCCUGGGAGAGCUUCCGCACGCUCACCAGCCUGCUGCUGCGCUUCGAGCCCAGCCUGGAUGUGGAGCAGGCCGAGGGCAACUUCAGCUGGAACCACCUGGAGCCCUACGUCCACUUCCUGCUGUCCGUCUUCUUCGUCAUCUUCUCCUUCCCCGUUGCCAGCAGGGACUGGGUCCCCUGCUCCGAGCUGGCGCUGGUGGCCAUCUUCUUCACGGUGACCAGCUACGCCAGCCUGGGCACCUCUGCCGAGCCCCACACCCGCCGAGCGCUGGUCACCGAGGUGAUGGCCGGCCUGCUGUCGCUGCUGCCCAGCCUGCCCUUCGAGUGCCAGCCGCUGAAGCUGCUGGGCCAGGCCCUGUUCCGAGUGCCACUGGGCCGCCUGGUGGUGCUCAACGUGAGCAUGCCCUGCCUGCUCUACCUGCACCUCUUCUACUGCUUCUUCCGCAUGGCGCGGCUCAGGCGCUUCAAGGGCACCUACUGCUACCUGGUGCCCUACCUGGUCUGCUUCAUGUGGUGCGAGCUGGCGGUGGAGCUGCUGCUGGAGUCCACUGGCCUGGGGCUGGUGCGCGCCUCAAUCGGCUACCUGCUCUUCCUCUUCGCGCUGCCCGCCAUGACCAUCGGGCUGGCCCUCAUGGGCCUGCUGCAGCUGGGACGCUGGGUGCUGUCACUGGAGCUGACCAAGGUGGUGGCCGUCCUGGCGGCCUGCGGCAUCCCGCUGCUGCUGCGCUGGGGCCGCGGGGCCCGCGCCUCCGUGUCAGAUGCGCUGCGGUCGCUCACGCGCAGUUCCGUGGUCAAGCUCAUCCUAGUCUGGGUCUCGGCCGUGGUGCUCUUCUGCUGGUUCUACGUGUACCGCUCAGAGGGCAUGAAGGUGUACAACUCCACACUGACCUGGCCUCAGUACAGCGCCCUGUGCGGGCCGCGCGCCUGGCGCGAGACUAACAUGGCCCGCACGCAGAUCCUCUGCAGCCACCUGGAGGGCCACCGGGUCACCUGGACAGGCCGCUUCAAGUACGUGCGCGUGACAGAGAUAGAAAACAGCGCCGAGGCGGCCGUCAACAUGCUGCCCUUCGCCGCGGGCGACUGGCUGCGCUGCCUGUACGGCGAGGCGUACCCGGCCUGCGGCACCCAGGGUGCGCCCACCGCGGAGCCGGAGCUGUGCCGCCUCUCGCUGCUGGCCAAGCACCGCUGCCACAUCAAGCGCUUUGACCGCUACAAGUUCGAGCUCACGGUAGGCAUGCCGCCCGGCGGCCCCGAGGCGGAGGACGACGUCACCAAGGACAUCGUGCUGCGGGCCAGCAAUGAGUUCCGCGCCGUGCUGCUCGGCCUGCGCCAGGGCAGCCUCGUGGAGUUCAGCACUGUGCUCGAGGGCCGGCUGGGCAGCAAGUGGCCCGUCUUCGAGCUCAAGGCCAUCAGCUGCCUGAACUGCCCGGCCCAGCCCCUGCCAGCCCCCCGGCACGUGAAGCUGGAGCAGGACUGGCGCGGCUCUGCCCACGGCGCCCUCAAGUUUGCCUUCAACUUCUUCUUCUUCCCCUUCCUGUCAGCCGCCUGAGGGCAGGGCGCCCCGGGGCCCUGGUGUGUAUGAGGUGUGCAUGUGGGUGUGUGUAUGUAUGUGUGUUUUGGGGGGUGUGUGUGCGAGUUGCGUGCCUGGUGCGUGGGUGUGUAUAUGCGUGUGCGUAUAAAUGUGUGCACAUGUGGGCGCUUGUGAUACAUGUGCAGGCCUGUUCGUGGUGUGUACCUAUUCAUGAGUGCACGUGUGGGUGCUGGGGGGGUGUUUGUGGUACGCCUGCAUGUGUAUCUGAGUGUGCGUGUGUGAUGUGUGCACGCGUGUGAGUGCACACACGAGCUCACAUUGGUGGGUGAACCCAGGCUUCCCGACCUGCACACACCCCGUUGACAUGCACCACCCCCACACCCACCCA